UCAACAAACGAAAACUAUCUUAAAAGACGUUGACCUUAAUUUUGGCCUUUUAUCCAAAGGAUCCUAAGCGCAAGUAACCGAAGCCAACAACAUAAUGUAUAGAGUAGAGAAAGUAGAAGAACCAAAAGAAGAAAGCAACAAGCCAACAACAAAGGAGGCAACUUUUUUUUAGUUUAGUUAAUGACCGUUUCAAAGUAACAGCUCUUUCCUAUGUCUUCCACAUGUUCCACCAUAACCGAACGCUACUUUUGCGCCCUCAUUGACAACACACCAAAACCUCUCUCCCUUUUAAUCUCCUCUUUACAUCACUCUUUCCAUCUUCCUCUUUCCUUCUCUCGUUUUUGCUUUUAUGCUCAUUCCCUUAAUCGUUGAGUCUGAAUCGUGAUGGAGAACAGUGUGAACAUGUUUGGGAAAAGUGAGUCCCCGAGAUCACCCACUAGACUGCAGAAGCAAGCACCCACGGCUCUGCAUCUAGGCCUUGUUCCCGAGAACCCCUUCUUACAGCAGUCUUCUGAUGUGGUUGGAACGACAGCUAUUCCUCUGCUUUCACCUCUUUUUGUGUCUCCAAGUCCGCACUCUUCUCUCUCUAAAGAAGGGGACGAUUCCAUGUUACCGGUGGGAUUAACUGAAAAGAACGGAUCUCAGCCGUCAAUGGACCAGAAGGAAGGGCCGCAAUAUUCAGCCAAGGCCGACCAUAGCAACCAGAUGGCUCUCAUGAAUAUGUUUCAGACCAAGUUCGUGCUUGUAGACCAUUCACAGUAAGGGUUUUAGGCUUUUAGCAUUUAGGAUGGUCUUACUGUCUUAGUGCUUUUCAAUAGUCUUGUACAAACCCAUUUCUUAAGAUGCUGUAAGCCUGUAAUAAGAGAGGGCUACAUAUAAUUGUAAGUAAGAUCCAGCUUUUGAAAAGUCAAUUUCCAUUGUGUG